GUGUGUGAUGCUCAAAUGAGGUGAGAAGGAGGUGGGUGGCACCACUACAAAUAAAAUGUGAGGCUUUGUGGACGGAGGAGGAGUCAGAGAGAGCCGAGUGGAUUUCAGUAGGUCAUUUCAUUAGAGAGAGGCUGACGCAACUAACAGGACCAAAUCCGUCCGGAAGAUCACCACCGUAAAACAAAGCAAAUUAUUGUAUGUGUUACAUCUGUAGAAGGUUACUGAUCUGCUUGCAUAGAGAAAGAGUAUUCAAGAUUCCUGGAUGGACGUGUAACAGAGUGAAAGAGAAGCUCAAUACAGUCACAGCAAGAAGGAGGCAGAGGGCAGCAGUGACUGAGCUGAGCAAAAGUUCUUGAAGAGUGUGGAGUGAAAACUCUGAUCAAUUUAUUCAGACCAUGCCUGACAAAAGUGCUGAAGCCAUGUUGAAUGGUGCUAUUCCAGGUGAGAUGGUGAAGAAAGAUGAAAACUUGAAGCGUGGGAACUGGUCCAAUCAAAUCGAGUUUAUCCUCACUAGUGUUGGAUAUGCUGUAGGUCUUGGAAAUGUCUGGAGGUUCCCAUAUCUGUGCUACAGAAAUGGAGGAGGUGCUUUUAUGUUUCCCUAUAUCAUCAUGCUGGUCUUCUGUGGUAUUCCUCUUUUUUUUCUGGAGCUUUCCUUUGGACAGUUCACCAGCCAAGGAUGUCUUGGUGUGUGGAGAGUUAACCCUAUGUUCAAAGGAGUCGGGUAUGGGAUGAUGGUUGUAUCCUCGUACAUUGGAGUCUACUACAAUGUGGUCAUUUGCAUCGCCUUCUACUACUUCUUCUCCUCCAUGACUUCAGUUCUUCCAUGGACAUACUGCAAUAAUAACUGGAACAGGAAAGAUUGCAGCAGCAUGCUGAAUCCCAACAGAACUGUCAACUUCACUGAGCUGUCACAAAACAUCUCAACAUUGCUGAACCAAACUGCAAAGAGGACCAGUCCCAGUGAAGAGUUCUGGAAUUAUUAUGUACUGAAGACCUCGGAUGGCAUUGGAAAUUUUGGGGAGGUCCGCCUACCUUUGCUGGGAUGCCUUGCUGUGGCCUGGGUUGUAGUCUUUCUGUGCCUCAUUAAAGGGGUCAAGUCUUCAGGAAAGGUGGUGUACUUUACAGCAACAUUUCCAUAUGUUGUGCUGACUAUUCUGUUUGUCCGGGGGAUAACACUGAAAGGAGCUGUAAAUGGCAUCACUUACUAUCUCACUCCUCAGUGGGACAAGAUUUUGGAUGCAAAGGUAUGGGGUGAUGCUGCUUCCCAAAUUUUCUACUCUCUGGGAUGUGCUUGGGGUGGCCUGAUAACCAUGGCUUCUUACAACAAGUUCCACAAUAACUGCUUCAGAGACAGCAUCAUUAUAAGUAUCACCAACUGCGCAACCAGUGUUUAUGCUGGGUUUGUCAUCUUCUCCAUUCUUGGAUUUAUGGCCGAACACCUGGGAGUUGAUGUCUCAAACGUAGCAGAUCAUGGUCCUGGACUGGCCUUUGUGGCCUACCCAGAGGCUCUGACCUUGUUGCCGAUCUCACCCUUCUGGUCACUUCUGUUUUUCUUCAUGCUGAUUCUUCUGGGGUUGGGUACGCAGUUCUGUCUGCUGGAAACAUUGGUCACUGCUGUUGUUGAUGAAAUUGGCAGUGAUUGGAUUCGCAGACGGAAGUCCCUUGUCACUCUAGGAGUUGCCGUUAUUGGCUUUCUUCUAGGAAUCUCACUAACUACACAAGCUGGCAUUUACUGGCUCCUUCUCAUGGAUAACUAUGCAGCCAGCUUUUCACUUGUGGUGAUUUCCUGCAUUAUGUGUAUUGCGAUCAUGUAUAUUUAUGGACAUCAUAACUACUUCAAGGAUGUUGAGAUGAUGCUUGGUUUUCCACCUCCAAAGUUCUUCCAAAUUUGCUGGCGUUUUGUUUCUCCCAGCAUUAUCUUUGCCAGGAAGAGAGUGGCUGCGCUGCUUCCAGGCCUCUGCCAGGGCCAUUUUAAACUGGCCUUUUCGAGGGAGCAGGAAUGGUCCAGGUUCAUACUGGUGUUCACUGUGAUCCAGUAUAAGCCCAUCACUUACAAUAACUACAUCUACCCAACAUGGGCUAUCACUCUCGGUUUCCUGAUGGCACUCUCCUCAGUAAUCUGUAUUCCAAUUUAUGCUUUUUGGAAGAUUUGCAGUACUGAUGGUUCCACAUUUUGGGAGCGCCUGAAAAAUGCAAAUAAACCAAGCAAAGACUGGGGACCUGCUUUAUUGGAGCACCGUACUGAUCGAUAUUCCACACUGGGCAGCCCAUCCUAUGAUUUCAGCCUUGAAAUUCAACAGUUGAAUCCGGAUAAGGAGCGAGAAAAGGAGCAGCUACCAACAGAAAAUAUAGAGCAUAACCUCAACUUGCAGGGCAGCAAUGGUUCUGCCAGAACACAGAACCUUAACGUGUAGUCAAAAUCAUUUUUAAAUCAAAGAAGAUAAUUAAUUUGUGGUGGAGGGGGGAUGGCAGUUGGGUCAGGAAAUAAAAGCCUUCACCUUAUAGUGAAAGGAUCUGCUCCUAUAAUUUCCUGUACGAUCUAUGGAUUUUGGCAAGUAGUCAACACAAUUUAAUUGAUUGUUCUUCCUUCAGGUAUCAACAUUUUUUCUUUUCAUUCAUUUUUAAAAUUAUCAAUAUAGCUACAUAAUUUAAUAUUUAACCUUUUAUUCAAGAAAUCAAUUAUUUUUGUUGUCAUUUUGCAGAAUUCUAUACUACUUGUGGAAAUUACUUGUACCUUUACGCAACUGAGAUGUGACGUUCCCAGUUGCAAAGAUUUAUUUGAUUCUGAUUUUCAUUAGGCAUCUGUUUGUGUCUGCCUACUCCACACAAGAGCGCUGCUUCUUUCCAACAACAUGAAUAUAUUACACAUGUAGAAUACUGAAAAGGUAGAAGGAGACUUUGUGAAGGGACUGAUUAAUGCCACUUCAAUAUGAAGUGUGUGACAUCACACAUUUCCAAGUAACCACUUGUUCACCACACACCAAACUAAGGGAUGUCCUCCUCCUUCAAAGAACAGGGUUUCCCUUCCUCCACCAUUGAUGCUGGCUUCAACCGCAUCUCCUCCAUUUCCGGAACAUCUGCACUCAUCUGUCUUCCUGCCGUCUUAACAGUGAUAGUGUUCCUUUUGACCUUACCACGAGCUUCCACAUCCAACACAUCAUUCGCUGCAACUUCCGCCAUCUCCAAAGGGAUCCUAACACCAAACAUAUUUUACCCCCUCCCCCACUGAUUUCCACAUGGAUCGCUCCCGCUGUGAUUCCCUUGUCCAUUUGCCCUUCCUUACUAAUCUCCCUCCCAGCACUUAUCCCUGCAAGCAGCCAAAGUGCUACCCCUGCCCAUUCACCUCCCCCCUCACCUCCAUUCAGGACCCCAAACAGUCCUUCCAGGUGAGGCAACACUUCACCUGCGAAUCUGCUGGGGUUGCCUAUUAUGUCCAGUGCUCCCAAUGCAGCUUUCUCUACAUUGGUGAGAUUUGUUGUGAAUUGGGGGAUCACUUUUUUGAGCACCUCUAUUCCAACCACCAAAUACGGAACUUCUUGUUGGCCAAAUAUAUUAAUUCCAAUUCUCAUUCCCGUUCUGACAUGUUGGUCCAAGGCCUCCUCUUGUACCACAGUUAGGUCACCCUCAGGGUGAAAGAGCAAUACCAUAUAUUCAUCUGGGUAGCCUCCAACCAGAUGGCACGAAUAUAGAAUUCUCCUUAAGGUAAAAAAAAAUAUUUUUCUCCCCCUCCCCUCUUAUUCUAUUCCCCACUCUGGCCUCUUACCUCUCCUCACCUGCCUUUAAUCUCCCCUUAUGUCCUUUCCUCUUUCCCUUUCUCCCAUGGUCCACUCUUCUCUCCUCGGGUUCCUUCCUCUCCAGUCCUUUACCUUUCCCACCCACAUAGCUUCACCUAUCACCUUCUAGCGUUUCUCCUUCCCCUCCCUCCCACCCACCCACCCACCCUUUUAUUCUGGCAUCUUGUCCUUUCCUUACCAGUCCUGAAGAAAGAUCUUGGCCCGAAACAUCAUUGUUUAUUCAUUUCCGUAGAUGCUGCCUGACCUGCUGAGUUCCUCCAGCAUUGUGUGUGUUGCAAGGGAUACAGGUUUCUUGAUUCCUUAAUAUACUAGGUUUGUUCAUCUUUUUUCUUAAUGCAACACAGAUUUUUUUUAUGUAUAUUACAAAAUUCAAAGCUGUCCCGUUAUUAAGAUAUUUCUGAUAAACUUAUGCAGAACACAAACAAAAGAUAUAUCACACAUGUUUGAAUCAUUUAUGCAAAAGCUGUACACCACUUGCAUAAGUUUUGCUACAGCUACUGGAGACACCAGUUCCUGGUAUUUUCAGUUUGUAGAACAUGGCCUCACUGUCAGGUAAAAAGCCUCUGUCACCAGUAAUAUGAUGCUUUCAUCACCAUCAUGAUCUUUAAUGCCAGUACUUCUUCACAAGAAGAUCCAUAGCAGUAAACCUAUAACUAUAACUAAACCAGCAAUAUAGAGUACAUGACAUAUUAUCAGACAUGCAUGUCCAGUAUACAUAGGAAUAUUUGAUACUUUUACUCCUAUGACUAGUACUUAAUUUUUCCAAAUUUUUCCUACUGAUCAUCUAACUUGUACUAUUUCAGAGGAAGUUAAAAAUUACAAAAUGCCAUCAGUACAUCUAAAAGGCAGCAAUUUGCUAAUGAAAAGCAAAGAAUCUGAAGCUGAUAAUGCAUCUGGAGGAUGUUUAUAUCUGAGGAACAUACCAUUUUAUGUAUUCAGUUAGCACUUUAGUACACUUCAUUGGAAGAGCUUUUGGAGAUGUUUUAAUGGUACUAGUAUCAACUAAGUAAUAGGUUUUCUUUGAUUAAAAAUCUAUUUUGUAAAAUUAUCAAGUAGGAUGUUAGAAGUAAUAGUGCAAAGAAAUACUGCAACAGAGGCCUAAUAUGUAGUUGAGUGUGAUUCUGAAAUAGAGACUUUUACAGUUUUUAAAGCCAAUUACCUUAAGAUGACAACUAGCAGUUUUCAAGAUCUCUUGUGUUUGGGUUUUAGCAGCGCUAGAAUGGGGGAGCUGGGAAAAUUUGAACUUUUGGUUGCAUAAUCUUUUAUUUUACCCAUGCCCUGCAAAAGAAGAAAUAUACCAUUUCAACAAAACAGGCAUGAAUUUUUACAGCUACCUAUCUAUCAGGCAGUCACAAUACAAUUCCUUGAAUAGCCAAGACUUACUAAGAUACCCAAUUUAUAAUUGGGUAUCUGCCAUUCCUAUCCAAAAAUACGAUGGGAUUGUUCACAUAAUCCAAUUGUCAUUUUCCUGAAUAAAUUAACAUUAAAUGUGGUAUGCACAUGAGCCCUUAUUUCACCAAAAAUUGUAUGAUUUAACCUUUAGAAGAACUCCUGACUGCCAUUCCAAAACAUGCCAAAAGAUUUUUUAAUGAUACAGACAUCCAAACAUUGUAACAGUUCAUCCUGCCAAUUAGUACUACACAGGAAAUGAUGGUUUAACUAAAGCAGCAAGUUGCCAUGUAAAUUUGCCUUACAUUGAUCAUACUUCAUCUCAAAUUAUAUAGUUGAAAAUAGUUCGUACUACCUAAUGUAGAUGAAUCAUGGAUGUCAUGGACUCAUUGCCAUCUCCACAAUGGUCUUGGGUUAAAGGCAGAGCCUAUACACAAUAACCUAAAACUAAAAUUGGGAAGGUAUUCACACCCAUGCAGGACUCUUUGUUAGGAGAGGUAGAACAGUACAAACAGAUGCUUUAAAUAUUUGUUCUUUUGGAUUAUUUUUAAAGAUCAAAACCAACCCGCUUUCUCCACUCCCACCACUGCCAAAACAAACUUGUAAUGAAAUCAGUCACCUCACUUUAUUGGUCAGUCUUUGAAAUCCAUGUACAGAUACAUUCAUGUGUCAAAUUAUGUAAAGUACUUGAAUUGUACAGUGUACAUUCCAGUCCUAAAUUUACAAAUGCAGAAAGGGUUUAUGCCAAAAGAUUUUGUGCUUAAAUCCAAAUUUUGAUUAGAUUGGAAUUUCCAUUUAAUGGAAAUACAUGAAAUGUUCCAUUAAGGUUCAAGUUCUGAAACAAAAUUAUGUUUAUAUCAGAAUACUUGCAUGAUGGGAAUGGUCAUAAUGGGAUUUUGUGCCUGGCUGCAAAACAAAUUUAUGUAGAUUCCAUUGCAUUUGCUUGAAAAUGUUAAACUUUGAUUCCAUGAAUGCAGUAUGACAAAGUAGACAUUGCCAAUUAGAAGCUAUAAAUUAAAUUCUCUCUUUCUCCCCUUGUUCUCCUUACUAACCCUUUCCCUGCCUCAUUCUAUGCUAAUAUCAUUCUGACCAUUUCAAUAUUUUCUUUAUUCAUAUCUCUAUGGGGUUUAGUUCUGGAUGGGUAAUUGAAUGUCUAUCUUUACUGCACUGUGGUUGAGGCAAAUAGUAGAACUCUAGCCUUAGAGCCAGAAGGUUAGAGGUUUAAACCCAAUUGCUUUAACAAGAAUAAAACUUAAUACUUUAUUUUAAUAUUCAGAGAGUACCAUCUUUAAAAAGAGGUGUUAAACAGGGACCAGUCUUCCCUUCCAGGACGACAUAGAAGAUCCCAUAGCGCUGUUUCAAAGAACAAUGGUGCUGCCUCCAACUUCAAUGGCUGUUAAGCACUUUAAUAACCAACAUUUCAACUUAAGCCCUCUGUUAGAUGCUCAGAGUGAAUAAUUAGUUUCUUAUCCUUAUGACACAUACUUCACCCCUUCAGACUGCACAAGUUACUUUCUUAACAUAAUGGGAAAUAGUUUACAAAUUACAACCAAAAAAUACAGUAAAUACACAUUUUAUUAUGCUGAACUAUAUUAUGUCCCUUAAUUCAUAUUGAUAAAGCAAUAGGCUGCACUUUGUUGACUUUUAUUAGCAGACAUAGGAAAGAGUAUUUUUUCACAUGGUUUAGUCAAAUGAAUGUCAUGUUUCAGUCUAAGGAAGUCUGACCCAGAUCAUCUACAUCUCUACAGCUUCCUGGCUUGAUACUGUUGUAACAUUGAUAUAUUGGUAUUAAUAUUCAGUGGCAGACUUUAUUUGAGCUUAAAAAAAUCUUUUCCUCAAUAUGUCAGGUAGCAAUGGCAAAAUGUCUGUGAUGAUUAAGGUUAAUUCAAUGGAGCUUGACUGCUAAUAAUUUGAUUCACCAAGGACAUACGUAGUCACUAACAGGUUCAAUUAAUUUCGACACAGGUCAUUUAAAAGUCUGCCUCACUUGUACUCAAGGAUAGGUAAUUGCCAGCCAAUACAGUGCAUAAAAACUUUCAUAGUGCCAGGGCUUCCCUAGUCAUAGAUAUCUCAGACUAUUACAUUUUCCAAUCCCGGUUACUUCAAUGCCAGCAAUAAAUCAUUUAAUUUAAAAAUAAACAUAAUUUAAAUGGUUUGCUGCUCGCUUCAAAAUAAUAAUGUUUGCACAAUUCAAGCUUGUAAUUCCCAGUAUUACAUAGCGUUGGUAAUAUCUACAAUAUGCACAUGCAUUCAUUUUCAGUCUCUCUCACGCACAUGCACACACACACACACAUGAGCACACA